CUCGACCGGCGAACGACGGACCCGCGUGCACGCGCGAUUCAUCACCAAAGUGGGGAUCGAUCCUAUAUAGGAGGGAAAUUCCUCUCCCCUUCGGCAAAAGUGAGAAGGACACGAUCACCUGUCGAUAACCGUCUAUCGUUCUCCGGUUCAUCGGAGAUAACCGCCAUUUUGUUUGGACGUUGUAAGGACAAUUAAAGGAUGAAAUUUCUUCUAGUGACUUUAUUAUUAACGUUAAUUUUGACCGUCACAUACGGUCAACUCAGAUACGAACCGUUCGCCGAGAAACCAGGAUCCUGUCCUCCAGCUCUGCCAGUUCAAAUCUGCAGUCAGUCGUGUUUCUCUGAUUCCCACUGCUUAGGGAUCGGCAAAUGUUGCCCGACUAAUUGCGGAGGAUACGUCUGCUCGAAACCUGUGACAAUGCGGCAAUCAAAUCCACAAGAGAAACCAGGAUCCUGCCCAGCAGUGCCAAAAGGACGAUGGGUGUGUUCGCCAACUUGCAGCGUGGAUAGCGACUGCAGAGGAACGCUGAAAUGCUGUAAAAAUCGGUGUGGUGCAUUGGCCUGCCAGAAACCGGACGUCGAAGUGAUCGAAUCCGUGGAACUUCCGGUUGUCCCGUUACCGGAUGAACAGCCCGACAUUCCUAGGAAUCCGUAUGAAAACCCUAGGGAUCCAUACGCGAUCCCUAGAAAUCCGAAUACGUAUCCCUAUUACUUCUAUAAUAAUUAAUUAGGACGUUCACAGUUACACUAGAUCAGGAACAAUUAAAAGUUUAUAGACUUUGUGAAACUUGACGCCAUAUACUCUUCACACGUGCCAUAUUGAAAAAAAACAUAUGAACUUUUUUAAAACAUUAUAAAUCACUCUGUGAAAAAUUAUUAUUUAUAACAAUGAUCUUAAAAAUCAGCUUCGUUCUUCAUUUUUCCUCAACACUUUCGGUUGAUUAGAAAAUAAUUUGAUUGAUUAUGUUGAACGCCUAGUGAUAUUGGAAUUUCUUGAGAGUGAAAGAAUGAUUGACAAGAAUGAUUAUAAUUUAAAUAUAUAGUAUUUGUUAAUAUUUAUUGUUUAUGAGAUAAGUUCUCUAAUGAAACAGAAUAAGACUAUCUAUCGAAGGUGGAUCUCAGAAGGUCAACAAUGAUAUCUAAAAGGAAAGAUGUUAAAAAUGUGUCCUUCACCGGAAUUUUUAGAUGUCAAUUCAGUAACGUGUAGUUUUACGUAAGAAAUUGCGGUUUAACCUGACUUUUAACCUAACUGGCCCACAUUUGCACGGCAUAUUAGAUAAUAUGUACGGUAACACGUUCAUGCAUUAAAAGGAAGAGGUCGUUGACAGACUGGAGAGUGGAGAAAUUUUAAUCUUUACGAAUAUAGAUGAAGACAAGAAUUAAUUAUAAAUUGAAAUCUGAAUAAAAAUUUGAAUUAAAUCAGAAUCGACGAAGUUACACCAUUGAGAAAGAAAGAAGAAAAUUAAGAUUCAUUUUAAUAUAAACGAUUUACAUAUACUUCGAAUUUUAAAUUAAGAAAACAGCAUAAAAGAAUCUAGUAUUUCACAAGAUGAAUAAAAAUUCUUUUAUUUUCAACGAAGAGACUUCUUACAUCCCGCAGAUUGAUAUUGCCAAUGUAAAUGUCCGUCUUACCGCGCACUUUAUUAAUAACAGUAAUUACAUGUACGCAUCAGUCUGUCAGAACAUGUUGUUUAAAUAGUCAGCGAUGGCUUCAAACUGAGUGUGUAUUCAAUAGUUUAA